UCCACUGGCGGAAGUGCACCUGGCUGCUGGAUGCCACCGACCUCGGAGAAGAAAAAGACGAAGACGAAGAAGAAGAAGGAGAGUUGUAGAAGUAGCAGGAGGCGGAGCCUGUUUGUUGACAUCGGGCGAAAUCGAAAAUCAGAUGAGUGAAGGCGGCUGAUAAUUUAUCAGUUUGUCGCUACUACCGGAACGCAAAGCCUUGGCGAGAGCUAAGGUCCCCUGCACUGCCCCGUCUUGAUCUGAGCCAGAGAAGAAGAGGCGAACAUGGCAGCCAAAGCAGGAGACAACCCCGACAGCCUCAUGUCUCUGGCGACUGUCUUCUGCCUGAGGAACCUGAAGAAGACGAUGUGCUACCAGGGCUUCAGGAACAAGCUGUGCCUGCGCUCAGACAUCUUCCUCCCCAGCGAGAUCUGCGACAAGCUGGUCAACACAUACAUGGAACUGGUCCACACAGACAGUAACUUUGAACCAGAGGAGAGCUUCUUCCAGCUCUUCUCAGACCCCCGGAGCACCAGACUGACCCGGGUGCAACUCAGAGAGGACUUUGUCCGUGACAGAGACCUGGAAGCCAUCAAAAAACAGGACCUGAUCGAGCUCCACCUCACCUACUGCAACAACCUGUCGUCCCGCAGCUUGAAAGCGCUGUCCUGCUUCCGCGACACUUUGGUCUCUCUCUGUCUCUUUGGCUGCAGCAACAUCUUCUACAAGAAGUGCGGCGCCCCGCUCGCCUGCAACGAGGACACAGAUGAGGACGAGGAGGAGACCCCUGCCUCUCGGCAUGCUUUAGAAACAGACUUUAACUUCCAGGGAUUCAACCGGCUCAGGCUGCUCAACCUGGGUGGCAUGCCGAAGGAGCUGGACCCCGAGACACUGCUCAAACCCCUCAAGUCGCUCACCUCGCUAGAUCUGUCCAAUGUACAGUUACUGGGGACAUCUUUUCUCACCCAGUGGAGGGACAGACUGGCCUCUCUUGUUCUCUACAACGUCGACCUAUCCGAGGAGUUGAUCAGCACAGUUUUGGAGCUCGUUAAUCUCAGGCAUCUCGACAUCUCCCAGGAGAGCAGGCGGAUCUCAAAGUUUAAGAUGACCAAGAAAAUCCUGACUGCUAUCGUCCAGCGUCUGGUACACCUGGUGUCUCUGGACAUCUCAGGUCACAUCAUGCUAGAUAACUGCACAGUUCCACACUUUGAAGAAGCGAUGGGGCGUCCGAGCAUUGAACCGUGCAAGAGCAGCAUCUACCCUUUCCAGGAGCUGAAGAGGCCCCUGCAGUUUCUGGGCUUGUAUGACACCACCCUCUGUAAUGUGACGCACAUCCCUGCCUAUAAGGUGACUGGAUCAAAGAAUGAAGACCAGGUCCUGAACGCCAUCGAGGCUUACACAGAGUUUCGCCCUGAGCUUGCCCACAGAGCCAUCAAUCAGCUGUUUGACAUCGCCAGGAUACAACAUUGCAGCCAGCUGCUCCGCGCUCUGCAGCUUGUCAUCGCAGCACUGAAGUGCCAUAAAUACGAUAAGAGCAUCCAGGUGACGGGCAGCGCCGCUCUUUUCUACCUGACCAACACCGAGUACCGCAGCGAUCAGAGCGUGCGGUUACGGCGGGAGGUCAUUCAGGUGGUGCUGAAUGGGAUGGAGCACUACCAGGAGGUCACUGUCCAGAGGAACUGCUGCCUGACUCUGUGCAACUUCAGCAUCCCAGAGGAGCUCGAGUUCCAGUACAGCCGCGUCAACCAGCUGCUGCUGAAGAUCCUGGAGCCGGCCCGGCAGGAUGAGUCUAUCCAGAGAAUCGCCGUGCACCUCUGCAAUGCUUUGGUCUGCCAGGUGGACAACCACCACAAGGAGGCUGUGGGCAAGAUGGGAUUUGUGAGGACAAUGCUGAAUUUAAUUCAGAAGAAGUUACAGGACAGAAUGUGUGACCAGGUGAUGGAGUUUUCCUGGAGCGCCCUGUGGAACAUCACAGACGAGACGCCCGACAACUGUCAGAUGUUCCUCAACUGUCGGGGCAUGAGCCUGUUCCUGGAGUGUCUGCAGGAGUUUCCAGACAAGCAGGAGCUUCAUCGCAACAUGUUGGGUCUUCUGGGAAACGUGGCUGAGGUCAAAGCUCUGAGGCCACAGCUGCUCACCCCGCAGUUCAUCACAGUGUUUAGUAGCCUGCUGGACAGUAAGGCCGAUGGGAUCGAGGUGUCGUACAACGCCUGUGGAGUGCUCUCGCACAUCAUGUUUGACGGACCUGAGGUUUGGAAGAUGGAGGAGCCGCGGAGAGACAUGGUGAUGGAGAAGAUGUGGGAGGCCAUCCAGAGCUGGGACGUCAGCUCGCGGCGCAACAUCAACUACAGGUCAUUCGAGCCCAUCCUGCGGCUGCUGCCUCAGAGCAUCUCCCCUGUCAGUCAGCACUGGGCCACAUGGGCGCUUUACAACCUGGUGUCAGUUUACCCAAGCAAGUAUUGUCCUCUGCUGAUAAAAGAAGGAGGAAUGAUUCUUCUGGAGAAAGUUCUGGAGCUGGAGAGCUCACAUCCAGACACGAAGGACAUGGCCCGAAAAGUAAUGGAGCACUGUGAAAACUUUAAAGAAGACCCGAUGGAAACGAAUCCCGGACAGGAUGCGAACUUCGGACAGAGAGGCUGAUGCCAAGGGAGCCGAAAUUCCCAGUAAAUAUCCAGAAAACCAACCUGAGGCCCCUCCCACCAUCAUCACCACAAGGGUCAAUUGUGUGCAUUAUUCUUAUAAUUCUUCUUCUUUUGUAGAGUUAGAACAGUGUCUCUGACCCUCCUCACAGCAGUUUGAUAUUUGACACAUAGGACUUAAGACGUGGUGCAUGGUAUUUUGUUGUGAGGGUGCUUACCUCUCCUGCACAUCUCUUCUGUUGGGGACAGGUUUGUGGGUUUGGGUGACUGUUAUUUCUCAGUGUGAGUGAGUGUGAGUGUGUUUGCGUGUCAAAGGUUUAAAACAACAGAACAAAACAGCCGUAGUGAUGCUCGGUUCCCAGCGGACGGCAGCGCGAGCCGUCCCCGGCUCGCUGUCGGUAACUGAACAAAAAGAAGGCUGCGUGGCGAGUCGGAGGCCUCAGCUCACACUCGCUCAUGCUAGCGAAGGCCGCGGAGCCAUGGGACACAUGUACAGUGAAUAUUAGCCAUUAAGUGUGCGGGCUGCAGACCUCGCGGCUCUACGAUGGACUUCUUUGUUUAUAUAUGUAAAUAUUCUGUGUGGGUCUCAUCCUUUUACUGUGUGUAUGUUUUAUAAUAUAACUGUAAACACUCAUGACUUUACGCUGUAUUUAAAUCUCUUUAGGUCUGGCUGAUUGCGGUCAGUGCUAAGAAACUAUACACAGAAUCAUUCAUAGCAGUCCUAUAAACGCUUUAAAGGACCAUUCACAUGUAGUUCAGCCUCCCGUCUUAAAGGUACUCAAACUGCAGAUUCCAGCUUUUAAAAUGAGUUUAAAGUUAACUCAAGGUAUCAACAGACUGUAAAGAAACAGCAGCUCUGACAUUAUGUCCAAUGUGUCUGUGUGCUGAGCUACAGAGAUAUCAGCUGAGGUUUUAAUGGGGACAGGCUGUACUGUUGUGCAAUACUUUGAACCAAAAAGUGCAGUUGGCCAGUGUAGCAUCCAUUUUUUCUAACAUUAUAAAGCCUACAUUCUUUCUAGUGACCAGCAGGGAGCAGCUUCUUGGGUUGGGGGAAAAAGGCUUCUGGUUGUAUAGAAGUCAAACUUGAGUUGAUAUCUCUGCAGGUCCAUACAUAACAACGUAGUAAUUUCUUCUAAUUCUGUUGGUGUAUUUGAUUUUUGUUUAGGUUUUAAACUCUUUUUAAACAAAGACAAAAAAAGUACCUUUAAUCUAUCUGGUAACUCUUACUGGAAGCAGCAGUGAGGUGAGCUUUAAACUAAGAGGGAGGUGAAAUUAAUCAAAGCAAAUACACUUCAUGGACAAAUGUAUGUGGACAUUAAGGCUUCCGGAUACAAAGUGAUAAAGCCUCUAUACAAACAAAGAGCUACUGAUGACAGACAGUAAGAAAUGAUCCCUGCACAGGCUCUGGGUGAACUGACUUGGACAUAAACUGUAUAUUAAAAGAUGGACAUAGCCUUUGGGGCAGACAUGUGUUACGUCUAAUGUCCAGCAGGGGGUGACUCCUGUGAAGUCAAAUUAUAGAAGUCUAAUGGAAAAAAGACCCAGACAUGCAGACCUCGACUCUCAUGCUUUGUUUUACAGCACUAAACAUGGACUGUGCAAUGCCCGACCUCCGUGGUGUUAUGUUCAGCAGUUCUACAUGAUGAGAAUCUCCAUCAGUGUCAGUACAGCUCUCUACUCAACUCAGUAAAAUAUUCAGCAAUUUUCAUUUAAUUAUUAACAGAGUUGAGUCUUCUGGAAGCGCAACACUAAAUUAAAUGAAACAACAAUAAUCCAGUAAAGCUGGACACCUAAACACCUGGAAACACAGGCUCAUGGAAAGCCUUUGGAGUUCCUCUACAGGUUUACUCGUGUGUCCACAUACUUGGCCUUUACUAGAGCUUUGAUGCUUCGUACUGCUCUCUCUGUGGUGUUAAAAGCCUAGAACCCAGGAUUUCCCUCUCUGAACUCACCGUUGCUUCCAGUGGUCCAGAUGAUACUAAAAGAGAGGAGGUUGGAAGAUAAACGGUUAUCCUUUGAGGACGCCUGACGGCCCAUCAUGUUUAUUGGUCGAUCAGCUUGCUGCUAAAAUAACUCCUCCACUUAAAUCAAACAGUUUUAUUUUGAAAAGCUAAUGGGAGGAAAAUAAAACUGUGUGUUCACUUGUAUGUUCGACACUGGUGAUGGGAUCUUUAAAAAAAAAAAAAAAAAAAAAAAUCACAUCUGACUCGUUUCAAAUUCAGGUUUAGUCAUUCAGAAGGAGGGGAGGUUAAGUUUCAUGUUUCAUCCCCACCCCUGCUGACCAGGUUAAGGUUAAACUUAACACUUUGACACAUUUAAACACAUUAACAACAACCAGACUCUAAAUUUCUCCUCUCUGUUUGCUGUAGUGUCCCUGAAGAUGCCCUGUGGAGAUCCUGAGGUCAACUUGUUUGUUUCACAAUAAACAUUCAAAAGCUGAAUAUCUUGAACACCUGAAUCAGAAAUCCAGGAAAAGAGUUCUCUUAGCUCAACAGCACCCCUAGUGGUGGAAAAAAGAAAGGAAAAACCUCCACAGGGCACCUUGAAGAUGUCUUUGAGUUUAAAAUGUUCCUUCACUGGCAUUUUUCGUCUUGUAGCUUUAAAGAUGACUUCGGGAAUUUCCUCUUUAAAUGGCAUUCUUAAUUUAUUAAGUAACUCAAACUUUAUUAAAAAAAUUUAAAAAAAUAUCUAAAUCUCAAUUCCGAAAAGUUGCUUUUAGCUUAAUAGGUAGAAACCUCCAAAUGCAGAAAAUUAUUAAGAAUUUUAGUGUUUUUACAGACUUAUUGUAAUUAUUUAUUUCUAAACUGCAGUUUCAGGUUGUUGUAGUUUUUUUUUCUUUGUUUUUUUUAUGUUACUUUAAUCACCGUUAGCAGAACCAACCAAGUAAGGCCAACAGACUCAGAAGCUUUGCCAAUGCCCCAAACCACCUGAUUACAUCUGGCUGUUUGUUUUCAGUGUGAAAAGGACAGUCGGCAUUCGUUUCCUUUUUUCCAGCUCGAUUGGUGCUGCUCCUCCAGCAUGAAGUUGUGAAUAAAUCCUUCGGUAUCUUCUGUGAUAUCAGUUCUGCUCCUCCUUGCGCUCACCUCUGAUGUGUUUUUGUUUGUUUGUUUGUUUGUUUGUUUGUUUGUUUGUUUGUUUGUUUGUUUGUUUGUUUUUUGAGGGCGGGGGUAUUCAAAAAUAUCUGUUAAACUGCGAGAACUACAAACAGUACAGGAUGGAGGAAUGUGGCUCUUUAAUCGAAAAUAAAUGAAUAAAUUAGUUUUUCUUGUAAAUCUAUAAUUUUCUAUUAUAAACUAACCAGUUUAAUGUCAGAGCAUAUUACAACUUUUUUAUUAUUUUCUCUCCUUUAGUCUUUAAAUCCAGUUUUUAAAGCAAAAUUGAUUCCUACCUCAGUUUAACAUUUGUCAGUGUGACUUUAAUAACCUGAAGCUCAACACUUGGAGACAAAUACAGGCCAUAGUUUAUUUGUUAAUUUCCAAAAAUGUAACACUUUGAACGAAAAAUUUCAAAGGUUUUUUCAACCGUAAUCUCUGUUUCAUAAUGUUUCUUGCAAAUUUCAGACUUUUCUGAGGUUUUUAUUGGACAUUUGAGUUUUAUAACCUCAACGAAUACUUUAGUGCUUUCUUAGAAGUGUACUGAGAAACUUUGUUUUUAACCAUCAAAGAAUAUUAGUUUUUCCCCUCUCAAAUUUAGAAAUUAAAACUUUAUGACCUAAAUACAUAUUAGUUUAUUUUCUUGUAAUUUAAAUUUGAUUUUAUUGUAUCAAAAGAUUUAUUUAUUUUUACUCAUUUAUAUUAAAGUUUUUUCCUUCCUAUGAUUUUAUAUUCUCAUAGAAUAUCAAUGUUUGUUUUUUUUUGUUUUGUUUUGGGGUUUUUUGUUUUUGUUUUGUCUCAGAGAUCAGUCGUAUCCAGUGAAUUAGCAGCCUUAAUCUCAGAGCAUUUUUUGAUAUUAUUACAAGUUUGAUUUCGAUAAAAUUGCAGUUUUUCUCACAUUUUUUUUUCAACCAUCUCAGAAAUGUUUUUUUUCGUUAACAUUAAAAUCUAUAAUUUCAUAAUACAACAGAAUAUGAGAGUAGUUCUUGCAGAUUAUGCAUCUUGUUUAAAGAAUAUUACCGUUUGUUCCCACAAAGUUGCGACUUUAGCCUCAGACUUUUCCUCUGAGGAUAAUCGCCCUUCCUUGGCUCCUCUUUUUAAGCCUGACCUAAUGCCCCCAAACACUCAUUUAGUCUUUGAAUGCAGUUUUACGUCAGUGAUUCGUUAAUUCUCAGAAUUGAUUUGGUGCCACUUUAAUAAAUUGCCUGAGCGGGGCUGGAGGAACAGGGAUUAAGUACUGUCUUCACUUCAUGGGGUGAAAGCAGCGCUGAUGCUGUUAACAGGAUUUAGUUGGAGUGCAGUUUGAUUCGCCAAGCUCCUGACGCUGGGAUUCCCUCCUAGAUGACGCCAGUGAAGGAACAUAUCACCAGCCGUCCCGUUUUCUGUGGUUUAACGUUAGUCCUCAUAUUCAUGAGCGGUGCCUGACUGAUGGAUCUAAGCUACUUCAUAUCAGCCGCGUCGGGUUUUCCCACCAAACGCGCUUCCUGGUUCUCGUGUACAGUUUUUCUUUGUGUGAUUUCAGGGAUCUGAUUGGUGCAGGUCUCUGUUGCUUUCUCACGGUCACCAUGAUGAUCAUGAUGAUUCAGUGUGUGUGGAAGUGGAAUAUGAGGAGGACUUGAUGUAUGAUCAAAGCUCUUUAGAGUCGCACAGAUCUUCUUUCUCAGUCGCCUGUUCUGUUCAUUGAAUGUCUCCGUUUAUGCUUUCCGGACACAACAUUAUUCUUUGGGUUUGACUGUUCUUUAUUUAUGAAGAUGUAUGUACUGAUAAUAAUUUAAAAAAAAAAAAAAGAGAGAGAGAGAGAGAGAGAGAACUGCUGUGUCGCAAAGUCUUUCAGAUUUCAUCCACUAGGUUUCCUGUUUGUCCACACUCUGUUCUCAGUUUGUUUUGUAACUGCUGAUAAGUUUAGUCCAAACUGAAGUGAAGAACUUUGGAUCCAGACAGUUUGGAGUUCCACGUUUUCCUGAUCUCAGUAGUUCCAGGACAUCGGUGUAAAAAUAUGAAAAAGCAAUAAAGAUGGAGUGGUUUAAAAA